AAUAAAAUGGACAAGACCAUUCCUUAUUUUUUCAAGCGCGCCUUUUCUUCAGCCAGAGUCUGUGUGAAAAAGGCAAGAUGAAACCAAUCUCCGACGUGAUCACCGAGACGGCUGUGAUGGCAGCGCUGGUGGCGGAUUACGGGUCCAGCAGCAGUUCUGAGUCGGAUCCAGAGCAGCCAGAUAUAUCAGAAGAUACUAGUGCAAAACCGAAACCGGAGCCGGCCGCCGAGCGGCUGCCGCUGCCCAGCUUCAGUUCGCAGCUGUCGGGCGCGUCCGUGUUCUCCAACCCGUACCGGCAGGAGGAGGACGCUCGGCGCGCCGUGCUCGAGAAGCACGUCAAACUGACCACAGCGCCCACCGAGCUGCGCCACAUCAACGGCAAACAGGUGUGCUGGAACUACCGCAAGGGCCGCUGCCGCUUCGGGCGCGGCUGUAAGUUCGCGCACGACUCGGACCUGCAGCGCGACGGCGCAGAGGAGGAGUCGAGCGACGCGCCGCCGCCGGCCGCCGAGCCGGGGCGGCCGGCCGCGCCGCCGCCGCCGGCCGCUGACGGCCAGCAGGCGCGCAAGAAGCGGCCGGGGCUCGGUGACACGCUCGCCCCCGGGAAGAAGGUGAUGAAAAUGUACACUAACACGCGGAAAGGACCGCUGGUGUGACCGGACGGAACUAGCCGUGAGUGCGGCGACUGCGCCGACGUCCGGCCGUGUCGUGUUCAUACAUUGAUAUGCCAAGUGUGUUUUGUUUUGUUUUGCUUUUCCGCAGAGUCGAUAAUUGUGUGGAUUAUGUUUGUAGGGUUUGAACUCCAUCGAAUUGCCCGAUAAAAUGUUCAUUUUCACUUGACAGAUGGCAUAAAGUCGUUUUGCCAUUGUCAACUCAUAACUAUGUAGUAUGUGUUCUUCUAUUGCCUGUAACGUAGCUAGCUGGCUGUGGUAAUAGUGUGGAGGCAAGCUUGGUCAAAGUUUUGUGACACGGCGACAUUCUCGUCAAGAUGCCGAUGAUCGUUUUCAGUGUCUCAUCACCGCAGUAAUUUCGGUCCCGCCUAUAGCCAACUUGGCAAAUUCGCUUAUCGCAGCGCCCACAAAUGACGUUGCUGCUCGUAUUGAAUAGACCUCCAUUCAUCCCAUUUUUGAUUAUUGUUAAUUGUAAUAUUUAUCGUGUUAACGACGUGUGUGAAAACGGUGUGUCAUCUGCUAUUGCUGAUGCGCAAUAAAAGCACCAAGUUCCCGA